UUUCAGCAGGCAGAGCCUCUGGAUUAGGAUGACCGGAAAGAUCCAGACCAGCAACGUGACCAACAAGAAUGACCCACGCUCCCUCAACUCCCGCGUCUUUAUCGGCAACCUCAACACGGCCGUGGUAACCAAGGCUGACAUCGAGGCCAUCUUUGCAAAAUAUGGCAAAAUAGUGGGCUGCUCCGUUCACAAAGGCUACGCCUUUGUUCAGUAUGCCAGCGAGAGAAACGCCCGGGCAGCUGUGGCCAGCGAGAACAGCAGAGUCAUUGCUGGACAAUCCUUAGAUAUCAACAUGGCAGGAGAACCAAAACCUUACAGGCCAAAGAUUGGCUCCAAGAGACCUCUUUCAUCACUCUACAGUGGCUAUGAAUUUGACUAUGACUACUACAGAGAUGAUUUCUACAGCAGACUCUUUGAGUACCACGGCCGUGUUGUGCCUCCGACCCGAGCUGUCAUCCCCAUUAAACGUUCCCGGCUAGUUGUUCCGUCCACUCGCAGAGCCAAAUCCUCCUUUCCAGUCAGGGCCUGUUCCUCCUCCUCUUCCUCCUCCUCUACAUCCUCCAGAGCAAUCAACAUGGGCUCGUCCAUCACUGGCCCUAAACAAUGUACUCGCCAAAGUAAAUCCUGUGACCAGGGAACAAAGACUUUGCAAAUGAAAAAAACAGUGAAGACAGACCAGCUCUUAACCAUCAAAAAGGAGCUGUCGCAGAUCAAGACGAAGAUCGACUCACUGCUGGGAAGGUUGGAGAAGAUUGAAAGGCAACAUCGCUCCGACACGGAGAUGCAGAGGAAACAGGAGGAGGUGUGUGAGCGUCUCCAUGGUGAUGGUGAAGACCACUCCGGAGGAGAGGAGGUUGAGGGAACGGACGAGGUGGAGGCAGGAGAGAUGACAGACGGAGGCGAGGAUGACUUUGAAGAUGAAGGAACCAGCGACAUGAUAGAGAACCACAUAUCGGAUAUUGACAACUGAGUAAGCAGCAAAGAAGUUGUGACAACAGAUACCAGCAAAAUCCUCUCGAUCAGGGAGCUGAGUUAGAGGGGGAAGGAAACAAUGCGAGAAGUGACUGACAGCAGAAGAUGAUGUUUUCAGACGUGUUGCAGCUUGUUUGCCUCAUCCAAACAUCAGACUCCUGACGUGUGCUUUAUCAAAAUGUGGGAUAUAAAUAUUCUCCAGACUUCUGCAAAUGCCAAGAGCAUUGAAUAUUCUCACGUCAGAACGGUUGCUUUUCCGAAAAAUGCAGACAACAGCUGUAUAUUGUGUGCUUAACAUGUAUUGUUCUGUAUUGUGCAUAUAAAUACAGUUAUGUGAACAAAAGAACAUGAAAUGGUCUCUUUUUGUUGUAUUUUGCUGUUUGUUCAUGUUUCUGUAAGCCAGCCACACUGCAGGGAGAGAGCUGAAUAUGAAUGUAAACUAGUGUCCUAUUCUUUGGCACUUGAUGAUAAAGUGUUUUUUGUUUAAAUUGUACAUUCGGGUGAAACCUACUCAUAGUUUGGUUAUUGUUGUGUUUCACGUAGUAUUGGAUGCAUACCACAUUUCUCAUUUGUUGUUUAAAUAAGAAGCAUUUGGAAUUUAUUUACAUCCUUUUCAUGGUAAUUUGAAGACGACUGAUUCUUUUUAGCAUGUUCAAGGUGUGACUAUUCUGGAUAAUUUGUAUUCAGUGCAUCUGUUGUACAGUCGUGGCUGAUAAGAAUUUUUGAAAUAAACC